CUUCCUCACUGCAGCAAACAAUGAGCAGAGGAAAAGACGCCCUAUCACUGUAGUGAUUAUUUCUCCCCUAUUUCAGGGGCGUAACAUUUCUCAGAUAUUUCUACCCUUCCUCUUGUUGAACUCCAACAGCAAGUACAAGUCACUUUGCAUAACAGUUUUGGUGGACUUUUGUUACGGAUUUACAUUCAUUUGCUUGGCAGCUAUGUAUGCUAGAUGCUAAAAAGCAGGAGCUCGCUCAGGCUGUGGGGCUGGUUGAAGUUGGGGAAGCACAGAGUCGGUCGGAUCCACCAUGACUCUCAACGUACCGGGUCUGAUAAUGAUGGUCGCCUUCUACCUGCUGGUGUUAGGAAUCGGCAUCUGGGCGUCUGUGAAAUCUAAGAAGCUGGAGAGAAAUGUGCACAGCAGUCGCAUAGAAGCUUCUUUACUCGCCAACCGGGGCAUCAGCUUGGUACUGGGUGCGUUCACAAUGACAGCUACUUGGGUCGGCGGCACCUUUAUCACCGGUGUUGCGGAGUCGGUGUACGAUCCCACCCAAGGUCUGGUCUGGGCUCUCGUUCCUCUGCAGGUCUCUAUUUCCUUUAUUAUCGGUGGACUGUUCUUUGCAAAACCAAUGAGGGAGAACAAUUACAUCAGCAUGAUGGAUCCAUUUCAGAGAAAGUACGGGAAAACGCUGACCGCGGCUCUGGCCGUUGUCCCAGUCAUGGCUGAAAUCGUCGGGAUUCCCGGAUUACUGAUUUCUUUGGGGGCGACCAUGAACGUCAUCCUGGAUCUGCCCGUCGGCGUCUGCAUCUAUAUCUCUGCAGCGGUGGCGAUCGUCUACACUGUCCUCGGAGGUCUGUACUCGGUCGCCUACACUGACGUCGUCCAGCUGUCACUGACCCUUCUCAGCCUGUGGCUGUGUGUCCCUUUUGUUCUGACGAGUGGCGUUUACACCGACAUCACCAAGACGGCCUUCAACCACACACAUCAGGCCCCCUGGCUCGGCACGCUGGAGAUUGAUGACGUCGGGAGGUGGAUCGAUAAUUUUCUAGUGAUGACCGUGGGCAAUAUGGCGGUUCAGGAUUUCCAUCAGAGGACUCUUUCCUCCAGCUCCACCUCCACCGCCAGAAUCAUCUGUUUCAUAGCAGCAGGUGGAGUCAUCGUCGCCGGACUCCCGUCGGUGUUGAUCGCAGCUGUUGCAGCUUCCAUAGACUGGGACUCCACCUCGUAUGGUUCCCCCUCUCCAUACGAGCGAGGGGAGGCGGCCAUGGUGUUGCCCCUCAUCCUGCAGCAUUUUACCCCAACCUACAUCGCUGCUUUCGGCGUCGGAGCCUUCGCUGCCGCUGUGAUGUCCUCCGUUGACUCUUUCCUCUUGUCGGCCACCACCAUCUUCACCACCAACAUCUACCAGACCAUCAGGAGUCAGGCAUCAGAUAAGGAGCUGCAGUGGGUGAUUCGUCUCUCGAUAGUGGUCGCAGGAGUUGUGGGGACUUCUCUCACCUCCCUGGACAGCAGCCUCUUGGUGUUCUGGAUCCUGGGUUCAGAUCUGACCUACACCAUCAUAUUCCCACAACUGAUCUGCGUCCUCUUCAUCAAGAUUUCUAACGGUUACGGGGCGAUCGCGGGCUACCUUGUCGCGGUGGUGAUGAGACUGUUGUGCGGGGAGCCGCUGUUCGGCCUCCCCGUCCUCCUACAAUUCCCAGCAUGCACCUUGGAGGACGGCGUUUACAUCCAGUGCUCUCCAGUCAAAACCAUCUGCAUGCUGGCUGCUCUGGUCUCCAUUGUGGUGUUUUCAUUUGUGUCGUCGGUCCUGUUUAACAAGGGGAUCCUUCCUGAGAGGUGGGACGUGUUGAAGGUGAAAUCACAGCCGGCACCAUCACCAGCAGGUCGCACCAAAGAGUGUGAUACUGAUGAUACGGAUGACGACAAAGUCCAAUCUGAACAGAUGCUGGAUACAAAAUGCUAAGUUUUUUUUUUUCUUUGUUGACUUAACUUCUGGGUUGUGGUGUUACAGUGUGUAAUGAUUGAUCUUUCAUCCAAUUGUAUUGUAAGACACCUCUUAAAUAGGAUUUGCAGUGGGGAUGUAAAUGAAGAACCCUGUAUGGUUCUGGGUAGAAUGUAUGUCUAUAUUUGUUGUAGCCCUUUAACUACCUCACCUAAAUGGGAUACAGCCAUCGUUAAUGUUUUAAAUUCCACCUGUGAUUUUCCUGCUUCCAUGCCUCAAAAUGUCUUCUGGGAAAAAGGUCUGUUCAGGGUGACACUUGACACAAAUAGUCAUCAUUUUGUGCACUUAUUGUAAUUCCUGACACUCAUUUAGAAAGUAAUUGUAACAUGCAAGUAAGGUAUUUCAGUCAAAGUGAAACUCUCGCCAAAUUGCAACCUAUUGGCUUUUUUUUUUGUAAAUGUACCCAAGUCAAACUUUAGUGUAAAAGCAUAAUUACAACAACAGAGGCGCUUUUUUUUUUUUUUUUUUUAAGAAUGACCGUAUAUUCGUUUUCGGGUCAACCUCAUUUUCAGUGGGAGUGCAUGGGGCACUUUUACGAUCGAUACUUUCAAAACACUAUAUGGCUCGACACAAGAAACUUUGCUCGUAGUAUCACCAGUAUCACAUGAACAUGAGCAUCGAGAACAUUGUUUGUGCACACAGAGUUUACUAAAAAGAAAGUUUUCCAAUGACUCACGUUAGCAGCAGCUUGUUCAGUGUUCGUGUUCAUGUGCUAUUGAUGCUAUUGUAAAAGUGCCCCUAGCACUCCCACUGAAAAUGAUUUUGACACGACAAUAUGGUGAAAAAAAAAAAAGUGUUUUUCAUGCUUUUACAUGAAAGUUUGACUCGAGUAUAUUCACAAAAAAAAACCUAGGUUGUUACCCUACAAGCAAGUGAAUCCGAUUGAUGACUGACUGAUUGAUCAGCAACUGAAAACACAAUAAAUAUUAAAAAUGUGGAGCAGGAAUGAGA